AGAAAAGAGAGCCGAGAUUGAAAACUACUAUAACAAUGAUGGACUAAAAGGCGACUACAAUAUGCUGAAAUUGUUGUUGACUGCGAAUACCUCUCGUGGACCUAGCGUGAAUAGAGGAUCAGAUGAAAUAGACAGAGCCAUGACUGACGAUGAGAUUAGAGGGCUAUUGUUGGAAGUGCUUACUGCGGCUAUAGAAACUUCUGCCAGUCUUAUGUGUUUUGUCGUAUACUUGGUCGGUCAGAACCCAGAAGUAAAGAAAAAAAUACAGGAUGAGGUCGAUCCACUGUUCAGAGAUGAUCCGACACGAAAAUUGCAACUUGAUGACCUGAAUAAUCUUCCCUAUAUCGAAGCUGUCAUAAAAGAAGCCUCGCGUCUUUUGCCUCCUGGGCCCAUUAACUACAGAGUUGCAUCGCAUGAGGACGACAUUGGUGGAUAUAGAUGGAAGGCAGGAACGCAGUUUAUGAUAGACGUGGUUGGUAUUCAAACCCACUCUGCGCACUGGUCUUGUCCUGAAAAAUUCAUUCCUGAGCGGUUUCUUUCUCAAUCUAAAGACAUUGUUAAAAAUUCUAUUCAAACAUUUGGAGGAGGACUGCGUAUAUGUCCGGGCAGACAGUACGCAAUGUUCUUAAUGAAAAUUGUUCUAGCUUCAUUAUAUAAUAGAUAUGACAUAGAGUUGGCUAAUGAAAAUGAGAAACCGGCGACUACAUAUAAGGUUACGCUUUACUGUCAAGGAUUGAAGGUUAAGAUGAGGAGACGGAACAUCGUUUGA